UUUUUUUUUUUUUCAUAUAUAAAAUGGAGGCUUUCAUAUUAGAAGAAAAGAAACCUUUGAUACCGAAACUUGCUCAGGAUCUGAUUGCUGGUACAGUUGGUGGCUGGGCUCAAGUUGUAGUUGGUCAUCCUGCUGACACUAUUAAAGUUCGUUUACAAACACAGCCUUCUCCACCUAUUUAUAAUGGUGCUAUGGACUGUAUUCGUAAACUUGUAAAAGAAGAAGGUGUACAAGGUCUUUAUAGAGGUGUAACUUCUCCCCUUGCUGGCAUUGGUUUCUGUAAUGCAAUUAUGUUUAUGGCAAAUGGUUGGUCAAGGCGUAUUUUACAAAAUGGAGACGAUAAAAAGACUUUAUCUAUUUUUGAAAUUGGUGUUGCAGGGUCUUUUGCAGGAACGGUGAUGGCCUUUCUUAAUUGUCCUAUUGAGUUAUUGAAAGUUAAAUUACAAACUCAGGAUCCAAAAGGAUUUAUAAAUGCUCAAGGAAGACAUGAACCUGCUUAUAGAGGUGUUCUUGAUUGUGGUAUUCGUACUGUUCGUGCCCAAGGAUUUAUGGGUAUUUAUCGUGGUAUGGGAGUUACAUUAUUAAGAGAUACGCCUAGUUACUUUUCUUAUUUUGUUGCCUAUGAGGGUUUAAAACGUUUAUUUCAAAAUAUGAAGAAGGAUGGAGAAUUAGGUAAUUUUGAAUUAUUAAUGGCAGGUGGUUUAUCUGGAUUUGCUGCAUGGAUUCCUGCUUAUCCACAAGAUGUUAUCAAAAGCAAUUAUCAAAACGAUAUUCGUUAUAAAUCACUCGGUCAAGUUGUCAAGACAUUAUAUAGAUCUGCUGGACCCAAGGCGUUUGUAAAUGGUUUAGGGCCUACACUUGUAAGAGCAUUCCCUGCUAAUGCAGCUACUUUCUAUGCUUAUGAAAUGGCUAUGGAUGUAAUGAAACGAUUCUAAGUUAUUAUAUUAUGUAAAAAAAAAAAAAAAAAAA